GGCGGGAGGCGGCGGCACAUCCGGGACGGCAGCGGCGCCGCCAUGGCGACGGCUUUCAAAACGGUGGAACCAUUGGAGUAUUACAGAAGAUUUUUGAAAGAGAACUGUCGACCCGAUGGAAGGGAGUUAGGUGAAUUCCGGGCAACCACUGUCAACAUAGGUUCAAUUACAACUGCAGAUGGUUCUGCCCUGGUGAAGUUAGGAAAUACUACAGUGAUUUGUGGAGUUAAAGCGGAACUUGCUGCACCCGCAGUAGAUUCUGCUAACAAGGGAUAUAUUGUUCCAAACGUAGAACUGCCAUCCCUCUGUUCAACAAGGUUUCGCUCUGGACCACCUGGUGAAGAGGCUCAAGCAGCAAGCCAGUUCAUUGCAGAUGUGAUUGAAAAUUCACAGAUAAUAGCGAAAGAAGAUCUGUGUGUUGCAAACGGCAAGCUUGCUUGGGUGUUAUACUGUGAUAUCAUAUGUCUGGACUACGAUGGAAACAUUUUGGAUGCCAGUGCCUUUGCUUUGUUAGCAGCAUUAAAAAAUGUACAGUUGCCAUCAGUUACUAUAAAUGAAGAAACUGGUUUAUCAGAAGUUAAUUUAAAACAGAAGAAUCCUUUGAUUAUCAGAAAGCAUCCGGUUGCCACGUCAUUUGCUAUAUUUGAUGACACAUUACUCAUUGUUGAUCCAACUGCUGAAGAAGAAGACUUAGCAACUGGAACAGUAACUAUUGUAACCGAUGAAGAAGGCAGACUAUGUUCUGUCCAUAAACCAGGUGGAAGUCCUCUUACAGGAGCCAAGCUUCAGGACUGUAUCACCAGAGCAGUUACAAGACACAAAGAAGUAAAGAAGCUGAUAGACAAAGUAAUAAAAAGUAUAAAGCCCAAGUGAACAAAAGGAGAGAUCUUUUCAAAAAUGGAUUCGUAAAAAUUGUAUUUGUUACAGUGUUCACAAACCUUUUAUACUAAAUAAACAAAUACCAAUACUA